AUGUCAUUCUACAAUCUCGUCUACAAUGUUGAUCCUUCACAACAAGAGGACGGCUAUCAAAGACAAAAUGUGAUUGUCACACCGAACCGAGCAACUGGAGACCUCCUUUUUCGAUACAUCCAAGAGCAAUUGGAUGUUGCGGAUAAGGCCUCGUUCAAGGAAGUCAGGCGGCUGUCACCGCAAAUAUGGACAUGGGCUGGGAAAGACAACAAGUUCGAAAUUGCCUAUGCUUGCCGUGCGAUAAACCUGGGAACUGCAAAGGGGAACAAAGAAUACUUGCGUAACCUUCAGGGGAAGGUAUUCCUUUGUACCAGUGGCCCUACGGAGUUACACGCGACAGCGCCUGCCAUACUGCCUCAGUUCGACGAACUCAAAGAUCACCUCUCAGGGGGUACUUUCUGUGUUCGCAACAAACGGUCCCGCCAGCAAUACUGGCUCAAGCCAGACGUUGGGGAAGAAUAUCGUUCAAAGUUCAAGAUCAAGAUUGCAAACGAGCAUAAGGAUGGGACAUUGAUGGUGGAAGACGAUGACGUGAACCUCUACCUAGUUCAUGACGGCGUGGACUAUCUUAUAACACAGGAUGAAUCGGGUCGAAUCGGCACUAAGAAAGAAGACAACCCCCUUAUCUUCAAAUUUGGCCACCUUCUGAACGGUGCGUUUGUUUCUGACUCUCAUGAAGGGGACAAAGAGAAAUACAUCUGGUAUGUACCCGCAGAAGGAGAGAAGGGUCUAUCAGGCGAGCUUUGGGAGCUGUGCUAG